AUGUCUGGGUUACUCAAUCGCUAUGGCAAGCGCGAGAAUGCAAAGCCUAUGACAACACUUUUCUUUGCGCGCCUUGGCGCGUCCAUGAAAGAACAAGUCCUUAAAGACUAUUGUAAGCAUUAUGGAGAAGUCGUCGAUGUUACAAUGGUGUGCGAUAGAGAGACCAAAAAAAACAAGGGCUGCGCCUUCGUUAAAUUUAAGACGUCCGAAGAGGCUCAGCAAUGUCUUUCUAGUUUUGAAAAUCUUCAGGACAACCAUUGGAUCGUCGAAUGGGCAAAGUCAACGCAAAUCAGAGACUCCGACCUCGACAAGAAGACUUUGUAUAUCACAGGAAUCUCAAACACAAAAGCGACAGACACCGAUGUCUACGAUCACUUCAGUCAGUACGGUAUAGUCGAGAAAGUCACUGUAGUUGGAAAAGACGCCGACUUUCCACCGUACGCCUUUGUCAAAUUCACCGACGAGAAGUCCGCGAACUUGGCGCUGAAGAAUGAGAAUGGAAAGAAGUGGGAUGGUGAAGUACUGAUCAUUCAAUUCAGUGAGACUUUAGAGUCAAAGAAGAGUCGUCGCCUGAAUCGAGUGAAGCCACAACAAACUUACAUCUCGUUACAACAACAGCCUGAAUUACCAGUGAGAGUCUUGCGAAGAAUAGAACCAGAGGAUGACGAUCGAGAGAAUUCCUUAUUUAAAUCGUUACUCUCAGCUUUCAACUUUUCUUCAGAGAGCCAACCAACACCACCACCAGAAGACGAUGACCAAAUGCUCAUGAGAAAGUCGAUUUCAGAAAUGAAAAAGGCAGACUCCCCAUUGUUGCACAAUUAUGAAAAAAUCAUUAAUCAACUCGAAGAAGACGGAAACACCACACUUAAGGACCAAAUAGACGAGGUUAAACACCCAUUCACGUUCUUGGACGACGACGUCUGGGGGCCUUUCCAAUAA